ACUUAAACACCACAAUGCAGGACACACCAUAACCAGUUUUAAAAUAUGUGUGAUAGAAUAAUCUUUUUCUGUGUAAAGUUGUAAUAUAAUGACUUCUUUCAACUUUUAAUGUUAAAUUGUCUGCCUAAAACCCUAAAAAGAUUCACCUUUAAAUUUGUCACUUUUGAGAAUUUAAAUAUAACUUUUAGGUAAUUAACAGUGAUUUUAAAUGUUUUAAGCAUUUCAAAAAAUAACCGUUAAAUAUCAUCCAAUCAAGAUAUAGUUUGCAUCUUGGCUCCGUGAACAAAGGAAGUGAUUGGCUGAAUACUCGUUUGGCGCCGAGCGCAGCGUAACGUAAUGUUUGCGUUCCCUCAUUUCAUCAGUGACGGUUCUGGUGAAGCACCGUAGGAGCUGAAAUUCAAAUCAAUGCAAAUUUUGUCUAUAUAUUUAUAUAAAUAUAUAUAUGGGCACGUUGGUAUUGCCGGAUAGCACGAAGGGAUUUUCAAACGGAUCCAAAUGCAUGUGGGCCUCAACGCACUCCUGAAAACUACAAUUCAGCAGUAGACAUUUUACAGUCUGAGGGACACCAAAACGUUGAAGGUAUAACAUGUAAGUCAAUCUUUAAUUCAUUGAAUUACUUCAAUGUUUGCAUGCCUGGCCUGCCACCUUGUUUAGGCCACGACAUUUUUGAGGGUAUCCUUUCCUAUGAUUUAGCCCUCUACCUGAAAUACUUCAUCAAGCAGAAAAAGUGGUUCACCUAUUCAAUUUUGAAUAGACGCAUUAAGCAGUUUAAAUACAGUGCAUCUGAUGCAUUGAGUAAGCCAUGUACUGUGAGCUCCAAUGGAGUAAAGCUUUCUGGUCAGGCUAUUCAGAACUGGAAUUUUCUAAGACUUUUACCUGUGAUCAUGGGUGACAAGGUGAAAGAGCCCAUGGAUGAUGUUUGGCAGUUGACCCUUCAGCUGAAAGAUAUUGUUGAGAUGAUUUGUGCGCACAGGAUUUCAUUGCCUGAUGUUGCAUACCUUGAUGUUCUUAUCCAAGAGUAUCUGUCUUGUAGAUUCUCUCUCUUUCCAGGACAUAGACUAAAGCCUAAGCAUCACUACUUGCGACACUACCCUGCACUGAUUUUAAAGUUGGGUCCUUUAAUCAGAUUGUGGACGAUGCGCUUUGAAAAAAUGGGAGAAUCCGAGAUGAACAUUUCAAGCAUUACCAGUGCCAUUGAUGUUAUAUUACCUGACCUUCCAAUCACAACAAAACAAUCUCUUGAGGACACCUUAAAAUCACUUGGAGUUGACACCCCAGAAGAUUUCCGAUUUCUUCAGGAAUCAGAUCUUGUAGCUGUACUGAGGCCAAUUCAAGCCAGGAAAUUUAUUUCUGUUCUAAAGGAGACUACACAAAUUUCAGAAACCCCAAGGCAGCAACACUGUCCAUCUCAAGGAUCUGUUUUGUCCCAAAGUUCUUCAUCCUCAUCUUCCAGGACUUCCUCUCCUCUUAGUGUGAAAUGGGUGGACAGCUUCGAAGUCCCAUGGAAAAACUUUCCUGAGGAAUUAAUGCAGGCACUUGAGAGACAGAAAAGGCCAAGUCCUCAGUUGCGCAGGGAAAUGGUGAGGAUUGUUAUUGCAGCCAUGAUGAAAGUUUGUGCUUGUCCAAGUAGGAAGAAUUUAACAGAAGUCGCCAAAAUAAUGGUUGCCAAAUAUCCAAAGUCUUUGCAAGAUGUAAUUGAAGAGAGUGUGAUUGGUCCUGGAUACUACUCCUUGGUCAAACAAUUUCAAACCAGAGUUGAAAAUGCAAGAAGGACCAGCACACCAAAAAUAAAAAAGCGUGUUCAUGAUUCAGAUGAAUUUGACACUGAGGAAGCCACACCUGAAAAAAGAGCUGUGGUCCAAGAUACAUAUGGCUGUGUUAAUUGGGAAGUAAAAUUUAUGCCACUCAGUGAAACUGCCGAGAGUCUGCAGUUGAAAAAAGAGAAGAUGAAGAGUCUUUCGCAAACAUCUGACUGGAAUGAAAAAGAAGUGAAGGAUCUCAUGAGGUCUACAUACUACUGUCAACGAAAAGAUAUAAACAAAGGAAAAGACAUGAAAACCCUCAAUGAUGAGUGGCCAUUUUUGUUUCAGGAAAGUGGAAUGGAAGUGCACUUUAAAGACCUCACAGGAAUACCACUUAAAGAGACCUUCCUGGAAAGCAUUGACAGAAAAGGAAAUCGGUUGUUGCACUUCAUGAGGAAUAUUUGCGCAAACAAGAACAAGCGUGUCUUACAGGCUGUUGCAAAACUACAAGUUUUGAGAGGACAGAGAAAUGGUUGCUCAGAGGAUGUAAAAGAUAUGAUUCUUCUACUUCUCUCCUAUUUUGACGAGAAAGAGGAGGUCCUCCUUCGUUAUGUAGAAGAGACAAGCCUCGCAAAGGAUGUAGAGUUGGGAAACCUGCCUGUGACACCUUGCAUUAUUGUGUGUGGACCCUCCUGCUAUGCUGCUGUCCAUUUCAUGCUUGCUGUGGACCGCAAGAUUGUGAAUGAUAAUAUCACUUCUUUCAUCUCUGCUGUUUGCCUAAUGUUGGGCAGUUAUUACAGCUUCAACAUUCACUACCCUACAGAACUGGCGUCAGUUCUCGAAUUCCUGCAAAGGUGUUUUUUCCUCAUCAAUCCGGAGAAGGGAACAAAGGUGGUGGAAAAGAAAAACAAAAAGCGACUCCUAGUCAACCCAAGAGUAUUCACCCUAAUCUCUGACCUUUCUGACCAUGAAUGGCGAGAGACUUCGUAAAGGUGGUCUUCAGACUGUUUCAAAGUUGAUACUCUCUCAAUGGAUAGUUCAUCCCAAAAUUUAAAUUCUUCCAUCAUUUACUCACCCUCAGGUUGUCCCAAACCUGUAUAAAUGUCUUUGUUCGGUUGAACAAAAGGAAGCUAUAUUUGUGAGAAUGUCAGUAACCAAACAGACUUUAUCCCUCAUUUAUUGCCAUGACAGGGAAAAUAAAUACUAUGGGAGCCAAUGGUGGAGCAGAUCUUUUUGAUAACUGACAUUCUUGCAAAUAUAAUCCUUUGUGCUUAGCAGAACAAAUAAAUAUAUACAGGUUUGACAUGGCAGGAGGGGUGAGUAAAUGAUCUAUUUUUGGGUUAACUGUCACUUAAACAUUGGAAUGUUCAUUGUUAAUGCAAGUUUAGUCAUAUAAUCAACUCUGUAAGCACUUGUGUUGUGCUGCAUUCUACUUUUUUAUACUGUAAAUGUUCAUGUUAACUUUUCUGAAACAUGCUCAUUUUGAACUGAGCUUAGUUAGGUAAAUGAUUUUAAUGCAUUGGACUGACUGACCUUAAUUGAACCACACAUUAACAGAAAAGGCUGUCAUUUGUUGUUUUAAAUGCCUGCCAGACUUUAUUAAAAAUGGGACCACA